ACGCGCGGGCCAUGGGGGGCAGCCUGCGGCUGGCGGUGCUGGGCGCCCCGGGCGUGGGCAAGACAGCCAUCAUCCGCCAGUUCCUGUUCGGUGACUACCCCGAGCGCCACCGGCCCACGGACGGGCCGCGCCUCUACCGGCCCGCGGUGCUGCUCGACGGCGCCGUCUACGACCUGAGCAUCCGCGACGGCGACGGUGCUGGCCCCGGUCAGAGCCCCGGGGGGCUAGAGGAGUGGCCGGACCCUAAAGACUGGAGCUUGCAGGACACGGACGCCUUCGUGCUCGUCUAUGAUAUCUGCAGCCCAGACAGCUUCGACUAUGUGAAGGCGCUGCGGCAGCGCAUCGUGGACACCAGACCGGCGGGCGCACCCGAGGCGCCCAUCCUUGUGGUGGGCAACAAGCGGGACCGGCAGCGGCUGCGGUUCGGGCCUCGGCGCGCACUGGCUGCGCUAGUGCGCAGGGGCUGGCGCUGUGGAUACCUCGAGUGCUCAGCCAAGUACAAUUGGCACGUGCUGCGUCUCUUCCGCGAGCUGCUGCGCUGCGCUUUGGUGCGCGCACGCCCUGCGCAUCCGGCUCUGCGCCUGCAGGGGGCGCUGCAUCCGGCGCGCUGCAGCCUCAUGUGAUCGAAUUGGACGACACCGCCGAUGGCGGGGAGGGGUCCUCCAUUUGACUGGAACAACUGGGGACCUGGAUUGGACGAGAUUGCCCAACUUCUCUCGGAUUGGACAGGACAGUCUCCUCCCUGAUUGGCUGAGGAACGCUCCCACCCAGUCUCCUGGGCGACAGGCUUCUCUUUGAAUCUCAUUGGACCCAGCUAGGCCCCAUUGGACAGUCCUUUCUGGGACCUCAUUGGGUCACGAUCCCAUUGGAUGGAAGGGACUUGGUUAUGCAUCUGAUUGGAAGAUCUCAGACUGCUCUUGGAGUUUCAUUGGACAAACAGUUAAAUCCCACCUCUCAGGAGGAAAUAAAGGGGGAAACAACUCAAGUGCACCUGGCACUUCUGGAUGGCAGGAUAAUCUUAAACCUAGAGGUCAGGGCUGCAAGGCAUUGCCCCCUGGCAGUUAACUCCAGAAUCCCAA